AGCGUCCGUUUUACGGGGUCGUUAUGGCAACUGCCCGGGCCGCUCCUCCGCGGGGGCUGCGGGCAGAGGGAAGGACCCCGCCCUGUCCCCGGGGCUGCGGAGCCAGAGGCACCCGGCAGUAGGUGUGAGCUGAUCUUGCCUGGCUUCUGCAGUAGCCUGGCUCUCUGGUGUCUGAUGAUGAGUGUGACCCCGAGCAGGGGAUGCCUCCUGGACCUGCCCUGGGAAGACAUCUUGGUUCCACAUAUCCUCUGUCAUCUGCCACUGCAGCAACUCCUGAGCCUGCAGAGGGUCAGCAAGUCAUUCCAGUCUCUCAUCCAACUGUACCUGGCCAACAUGCGCUGCUUUGACUCAAGCCAGAUUGGACCUGCCAUCCCUCGAGCCGCUUUUGUUAACCUGUUGAAGGACAACGAAGUUCUGCAGCAGCUGGCACUCCAGAACUGCUCCGACUGGCUGACGGACCGGGAGCUGCUCCCUGUCAUUGGGCAGAACCACCACCUGCACCAGAUCCAGCUGAAGGGCUGUGCCCAGCUCAGCCGCCACGCGCUCGUGGCCAUCUCGCUGAGCUGCCCCAACCUGCGCCAGCUCUGCCUGGCUCACUGUGAGUGGGUGGACAGCCUGUCCCUGCGCAGCCUGGCUGACCACUGCAAGGCGCUGGAGGCUGUGGACCUGACGGCCUGUCGCCAGCUGAAGGACGAGGCCAUCUGUUACCUGGUGCAGAAGUGCAGCAGGCUCAAGUCUCUGUCACUGGCUGUCAAUGCCAACGUGGGCGAUGCGGCAGUCGAGGAGACUGCCAAGUGCUGCCCAGAGCUGGAGCACUUGGACCUCACGGGGUGUCUGCGAGUCAAGAAUGACUCCAUCAGGGUCCUGGCUGAGUACUGUCCCAAGUUGCGCUCGCUGAAGGUCAAGCAUUGCCACAACGUGGCUGAGUCUAGCUUGAGCAUCCUCCGAAGCCGUGGGGUGGAGCUGGAUGUGGAGCCUCCGCUGCAGAGGGCUCUCGUUCUGCUGCAGGAUGUGGUUGGCUUCGCCCCUUUCAUCAACCUUCAGAUCUAGAACUGCUGCUGCUGGGGAGGGGGGGACUGACACAAUGCUGGGAUCCCAGAAGGAUAUGGGAACUGGCUGCUGUGGAGACAUGCAGAGGGAGAGGUCAGUCCCACUGGUGAGGCUGGCCUGAGUGGGGCUCAUUCUUUCCUCUGGGGCUGUUUAGCAGCCACUGAAUGUUCAUAAGUGGACUUCAUUGGUGCCUCUGGGGAAAGUAACUCCCUCUGCAGUGGCGUGGAAAGAGCGAGUGAUUUGCAGGAACACCAUGGUGCUGAACAGGCCUUGGUCAGGCCAGCUAAUAGAUAGGAUUUAUUAUUUGUCGUAUUUUAAAUCUUUAAGCGGCAGCUGUCCAGAAAGCAGGGGAGUGUUUGAUGGGGACUGUCCCCUGGGGUGGGUGUGCAGGGCAUGCCAACAGAGCUGUGGAACAAACCAGACCAGCUGGAGCAGAAAAAAUAGCUACCAGCCCUCCUCUUGGGAGAGGGCAGGCCCCUCUGGGCUCUGGGAGGAGGGCACUGAGCCUAGCUCCAGCCCACAGCCACUGGCUAGCCUGGCACCAAAGGACUAGCAUGGCCCCAGUGCAGGCCAUGGGUCUGCCCAGGCCUAGCAUGCUGGUUUAGGCUGGAGCAAGGUGGAAGUUGUUUUCAGGGGGAACAUGCUCCUAAUGGCAGUUUGACCAACAGAAAAACGCCAGACCUAGUGCUGUCACUGAAAACAGCUGGUCAUUGUCAUUUGUUUCUUCCAGCACCUGACUUAACAUUUUAGUAGUGCCCAGGCCUGCUACUGUAUUUUGUUCCCUGUUGUGUGGCUGGAGCUUUGGCUCCCAACAGAGGUGAGAAACAGCAGGAGCACUGACUCUGCAAUCAGCUGGAGUUUAUGGAGAGAGCUGCAGAUUGUGUUGGCAGGGAGAACCUAGUUCUGGAUAAUCAAACAGCAGCUACAUCUUGAGAACGU